AUGGCACCAAUUGCCCUUUUGCUGCUCUUGGCGAUGGCAGUGGCCCCCCAGGACGCCGCGUCGAGCGACGUCGUGGAACCAGCACGACCCGCCAUCGAACCGUGGCCAGUUGCGUCGGCCGGCCGGAAGGAAAGCCAGCAGCCAUUGACCGAGCGCCAUGGGGCGCCGCAGCCCGCGGCUGUUCUGCUCGGUGCUUCGGGUGGCAGCGGGUUGGAUCACCGUCGGGGGCUUGUCGAAGGACUAAUCGAAAGGGCCGAGGCCUCGGCAAGGCUCCACGGCGGGAGGCGGGACGACUACGAGGAGGAGUACGACGAUGACGAUGACGAUGACGACAUCAUGGACGCCUCGGGGGCGGCUAGUCUCCAGGCGGACGUCAAUUCCGAAAAGAUGCAGAUCUUCCUUAGAGACAUCGAGAAGCUCUACUCACGAGGGUUUCGACGCUCGCACGCACUGCGCAGCAAGAAAGGCCGCGACGACUGGCAGGGUGUGGGCCACAUACGGCGCCACGACGAGGAACUUGUGGCCGCCGAUCAGUCAGCAGUAGAGAAGAACUCAUCUUCACAAGUCGACUCGAAUAAUGUCGUGUUGGCGGGACGAAAGUCGAUCAACCUGACCUCCUUGUCAUACGUACUUAAGAAGCCGUACCUUACAGUGCAGGCGCAAGACCUGAAUAGGGACGACAAGGUCUCCCUCUACGUGUCUGUGGCGUUCGAAGACCAAGUCAUCUUCCACUGGUUUCUCAAUGGCAAGCCCUUUGAGGAAUACGACUCCAUGCAGACGGUGGACAUGAAGAGCUUCGUUGAACCCGCUACCAACAAGACUCUCUUUUCGCGGGUGUCUAUUGUUGAGGUGGACCAUUUGCUGAAGCUGCCCACAGUGUCCGGCAAGUACGAGAUCCACUGCGCCGUUACCGUGGACUUGACACAGAAGGACGUCAAGCACGUGUUGACGCCUCAGUUGACUGACUUUUGCCCGCCUGCCAACUGCUUCGACCGGCAUGCCAUUUGCAGCAACGGAAAGUGCAUCUGCGCCGCGCCAUAUCCAGUUAUGCUCACCUCCGUUCACUCCACGUGUCGCACGGAGUCAUUCCUGGAGACUCCCUGCUACCACAACGAUCAGUGUCUGUACACAACCAAUAACAGCGAGUGCAUUGACCAGGGCUGGUGCGCCUGCAAGAAGGGCUACGGCCGUACAGUGCAGCACCUAUGCGUGCAGAAAACCGGCGUCAACUCGCGCUGCGAUAGUGAUGCCCAGUGCAAGGCUUUCAAUGCCAGCUGCAUCCUGAGCCACUGCACAUGCAACUCGGACUCCGUGGAAGAGGGUGACCAUUGCGUCGUCAUCAGCAGAUCAGUAAACCGGCUCCAUUCGAGCGCCGUCUCCCUGCACCGUUUUCAAGAGAUUGGCACUGCCGUCCUGGUCGUCGGCCUGGCCCUCUGCAGCCGCCGGGGGCCACUGGUUUCGUGAAGUGACGCACUACCAGAAAAUAAAAUCUCAUU